GCAAUACCAGAGCUUUCGGUGUUUGGUUAGGAUAAUUCCGUAACAAAAUAAGAUAAAUUAAUAUCAUUAUUGAUUUAAACUAUAGUUGCGCUCAUUAUUAUGGCACUAAAUCCUUUGAGGUUGGUUCCGUUACGGAGAGCGGUCCAAAAUGUAUCCUAUACCAUUUUGUCAAAUCGUCCAUUGGCCUAUAAAAGUUCAAUUUCUUUAGAAAAUAUAUAUCCAAACAGCUCCCUUAAACUUACUACACCAGCCUUUGUCCCAGAUCCUAAAGAAAAGUUUUCUGGAUUUAUUCCAAUUGAAAAGUUAGACAUUACAUACAGUGCAAGUUCUGGACCUGGAGGUCAGAAUGUUAAUAAAGUUCACACUAAAGUCGAUCUCAGGUUUAAGUUGGAUGAUGCCGAUUGGUUACAACCUGAACUCAGGCAGAGAAUGCUGGAAUUGUAUGGCAAGAAAUUAACCAAAGACGGCUACCUGAUAAUCCGUUCUGACUUAACCCGUUCACAACAACUAAACUUAGCCGACUGUAUGCAAAAACUUAGGACCAUGAUUAGAGCGUCUGAAGUCACAGAGAAAGCACCUACGCCAGAAACAGAAGAGAGAAUUAGACAAAGGCACUUGAAAGCUGCUCGUCUACGUGUGGCUGAAAAACGAGACUCAUCAAUCAAGAGAGCCUUGAGACAAGCUCCUGACAGAAUAGAUUUAUGAUUUUUUUAUUGAAUUGGACAUACCAUUUCAGGUUGACUCGAAGGACUAAUACCAUUGAUAAUGUUAACUAAAUGUUAUAAAACAUUGGAUGUUACAUGUCCUUGAGAAAGCCACCUGUUAUUUUAGCUGUUUUAAUAGUUAGGCAAAUACAUUAUUGUUUGAU